GUAGGCUAGCAAGCUGACUUAGUGCGGUUAUUUACAGAAUAAACGUGAGGGAUACACGGAACAGUUUUUGUUGACACCGUCUAUGUACUGCCCAUUUGAGUAUGGUAGUAUUUUAAGAAAAGGAAGAGCUGGCUUGCUCUCUGCUGUGUUUUCGGCUCGAAAAGUAAAAUGUUCGACAGGUGAGAGAGAUGCACGAUGGGCAGGAAUGGACCAAAAUGUGACUCCAGGAAUACAAAGAGUCAGCUGUCAUGUCACACAGCAACCUAUGUCGGCUCCUCCACCCGGAGCUGAGUCCCCUUUGGUGGAGCGUGUGUGAAAGGGGACCCUGCCAACCUCCAUGGCUCACUCGUCGGACCCAUCCCGCAGGGAGAAGACCCCCGGGACUCAAGGGUCACACACGGCUACCCGCAACCUCUUACGAAAGAAGGAGCAGCGCCGACGUGGAAUCCGAUUCUCGCCAAUGGGCCGGGUCAUCCUCAUCAACUCUCCUGUGGAUGGUGGAGAUGACUGUGAGGACCUCCAUACGAUCACAGUGGAUAAGAGUGUGGACGGCAAGCUGGGCUUCAGUGUUCGAGGAGGCUCCGAACAUGGUCUCAGCAUCUUUGUCAGUAAGGUGGAGGACAACAGUACAGCAGAGGAGGCAGGCCUGCAGGUAGGGGAUAAACUGGUGGAGGUGAAUGGUAUCAGCCUGGAGAGCAUCACCAUGAGCAGUGCUGUGAAAGUCCUGACCGGCAACAACAGGCUGAGGAUGGUGGUGAGACGCGUUGGCAAAGUCCCCGGCAUCCGCUACUCCAAGGAGAAGACUACCUGGGUGGACUUGAUACACAGGCGUAUGGUGGUGGAGGAGAGUGGAUGCACCCCUUCAGACGCCAGCUCAGGGAGCGCCCUCCAAAGGAUCGUCCACCUUUCCACCACCUCAGACGACUACUGCCUGGGCUUCAACAUUCGUGGGGGGAAGGAGUUCGGUCUGGGCAUCUACGUCUCCAAGCUGGAUCCUGGAGGUCUGGCUGAGCAGAAUGGGAUAAAGAUGGGGGACCAGAUCCUGGCUGCCAAUGGAAUAAGCUUUCAGGACAUCAGCCACAGUAACGCUGUGGAGGUGCUGAAGAGCCACACACAUGUCAUGCUGACCAUCAAGGAAGCAGGGCGAUACCCGGCUUAUAAAGAGAUGGUGGCAGAAUACAGGUGGCUCAAUAAGUUGGCCAGUGGUAAUCAGAAAUCCUCCUCCCAGGGUUCAGAAUCCAACUCCUCUGGCUCCUCUCUGUCUUCUGGCACGCCUGUUAGCUCCCUGAGCGGCCUGUCGCAGGUCAUGUUCCCUCCCAGCAUGCCUUUCUGUUCAGACAUGGUGGAUGUCUGCAUCUCUACAGAGGACCAGAGGUCUGAGACACAGCGAACGGAGACGGCCAUGCAGACGGACCUCCCACCUCAGAGGACAGCUGCAGAAACCACUCGCAGCCUGGGACAAACCACUCUGCUCAAAGACACGGUGAUCCGUUCUGGGGAGGGCGGUGGGACCACAGAGUCCCCGAAAACAGCCGUGCUGAUGGCUCUCAGCAGACCCAGCCGACCAAUCAGCCGCUCUCAGAGUCAGGUCACUGUGGCAGAGAUCAAGCAGAAGAAAGAGAAGAAGCAGAAAGAGAAGCACCCAGAGCAGAAGAGCGCCCUGCAGCGCUCAAAGACAUUCGUCAACUUGCUCUUCAGGGGGGGGCGCAGGGGGCGCUCCAAGUCGCCGUCGACACACAAAGCUGGGGGGCGACAGGUCAGUGUAAUGCCAAAUUCAGAGAUGCUAGGAGUGGUGGAGGACAUGGCACGCAGGCUGCUGACGGAGGACGAGGUGGCUGCUGUGAUGAAGACGUGCCGAAGGUAUGUGGCGGAGCGGUCAGUGGAGAACUUAAUACGCCACCUGUUGGCCGUGCUGGACAGACCUGAGAAGCUGCUGCUGCUGAGAGAAGUCCGGAUGCUGCUUCCUCCGCCCCACCUGAGUGCAUUCAAUAACCUGGUGACCCCGAUCGAAGUCGAGGCCUACGAUAUCCUCAAGUAUCGUUCAAUCAAAACUCCUCUUCUUCGCUCUCCCACAUCUGGUAGAGUACCAAAACGGCGCCUCAUUACUCCCAUCCCGGACUUCAGGGGAGGCUUUGAGCUCCACAAUGCUGUGGAGGUGGAGAAGGAGAGCCACCUACUGGACGAGCUGGAAAAGCUUAGUGUGCAGGGGCCUAGAGGGGCCAUGGAGAGGCCCCCUUCCUCCGGGAGGUCCUUCAACCCGCUGCUGGACAUCCCAGUGGAUGGAUACGAUGCAGAGCCUGGAGACCUCAGAUCGCCCCUCUCCAGCGCCAUGCUCCCCAACUGGCUGCUGGCCCACAGCGAACAUCCCCGCCCUCCGCUCCGCACAGACAUCGGCACCAUUCGCUCCGUCCACUUCGACGAGGUCUCGCUGCAUUCUGCCUCAGAUGCUUCCUCAGAGAGGGGGCGCUCCCCGUUCAGAAAUGGACACUCGGCGGGUAAAAAGGAGAAAAGUGGAGACAGGAGUAAAGGAGGCGUGUUCACGCUGCAGAGUGCCACACGCAGGAGUCGGCCCUUGUUGUCGCAGGUAUUCAGAUCGAGUCCUUAUAAGCAGGCGGGGAGAGAUGAACAGAUGAACCAACAUCAGGCGUCCUCUGAGAACGGACUCAACGGAUCCGAGUCUGAACAGGAGUACGAGCUCAAAACUGUCAGCAUCUCCAAGACCAAACAGUCCCUGGGCAUCAGUAUAUCUGGUGGGAUGGAGUCCAAGGUUCAGCCGGUGGUGAAGAUCGAGAAGAUCUUUCCUGGAGGAGCAGCCUCCAGCUGUGAAGUGCUCAAGGCUGGAUUUGAGUUGGUGUCUGUGGACGGCGUCUCCCUGCAAGGCGUGACCCAUCAUCAUGCUGUGGACAUCAUCCGAAAAGCCUUCAGCAACAAGGCCAAAGACCCCAUGGUAUUUGUGGUCAAAGUCCCCAGAAACAUUUUGAAAGGAGAGUGAGACAGACAGUGAAUUUAUUUCGGGGACUAAAGACAUAGACUUGAACUCUGGCCCGAAGACAGAUGUCAGGUAUGUUAUUUUGCCAUUCAUGUUAAAGUUUGUUUGAGUCAUUAAUUACAUGGACUCUGGUAACUGUUUUAAACUGAAAUACAAACUGAGCAUAGAGCAGAUUACUGGAUUUCAAAACAAAUAAGGAAAUGAUUCAGUAUAUGAAAAAUAAUUGUGUCAUAAAAAUACUUAAGGUAAACACGCAAGCAAAAAUAAGAUUUACAGUCAAUUAUAUUUGCAUCCAUAAAGCUUUAAAUCAUAAAAAAAAGGGUGCUCUUGAUGCCUUAAUAUUUCCCUCUAAUCACAAUCCAGGAGCAGAUGUUUGUAAAUAAUAUGCAUUUUUACAUUUUGUCGUAUUAACAUCCAAUCAGAAAAUACUGCAGUGCAGAAAUGUUGUUAUCUGAUUAAAAGUGCAGGAUACCAGACUGCACAUUGUAACCAGAGUGCCUUUUUAAAAUCCCCGUAAACUGAGAAUAUGUCUUACUGAGCGUAAUCUAACUUCCGACCUGCAGAGGGCAGACAUGAGACACUCAGAGACAUUUCUGUUGCCUGCAGCAGCUAAUGAGAAACACAUUGAACGCCUCACCAAACUACAAACUUUAAACAUUGCCUCAAAGUGUACAAGAGGAGAACUGUAGAAUAAAUAACCAGAUGUGAAUUGGUAUGUAAACCAUAGGAAUGAUAUACUGUUUUGUAUUAAUUCCAUCUUCUGUAAGGCUUUCAAGUUGUUCAAGAAAUCUCCAUGUACCACGCAGCUUUCAAAUGAUGUCUUUUUUUAAUUAAAAACAUAGGUUUAUUCAAGAAAUGUACAGCAUGAAAAUAAACAUUUUAUGUUUUCAUACAAAUACUGUGGAUUAUAAAAUGAUACUGAAGAACCAGAAGGACCAUCCACACAGCAUCAAUAUACAGGACACACACCUGGAGGAGCAAAAUAUAAUGUGCGACAUUGCUUUGGUCUAUUCACAGUGGCUAUGUUUUAUUAUUGAGAUGGAGAGGAAUCUCAGGUGUGAAACUUUACGGGUUCUUUACAGAGGAUGAGUUUUCAAUCAGCAGUUGUGAACAAAAAAGUCUCUUGGUUCUGGAGAGUAAAACACAUAUGAAACAGAUCAUAAAGUUUGGUGGAAAAACAUAUCAAAGUUGUUUAACACCAAAACACCCUUCAUUUAGUGCACCAUUUCCCUUUAGUAAUGUCAAAAUCACCCACACCCAAUUAUUUUAACAAUUUUAGAUAUUAGAAGUUAAGUAUUUUGUCUCUUUAUCUUUUACAAUGCUUUUAACUCCUUUAUAAUUUUGUAUUCCUUGUGAUGGGAAUGCAGCUGUUAUUAAUUAUACCUGCUCUUUGACAUGCCAAACUAGCCUGCUAUAAAAUUUGAUUUACCUAAACUUUUACAAUAUCAUGACAUACAUAUACACUUAUCAAUAUUGCAGGAUAUAAUUACUGAACAUAUAUUAUGGUUCUCCAACACUACAGGAAAGUGAUUAGUUUAUUCAUUUGUGAUGUGUGACGUGUACUAAAUGGAAGGUGUUCAGGGCGUAUCUGAUCCAGAUGUUACUGUGUUCGAUGACAUAAGACUGUACAGAUGUUCAUGAUAUCAUUCCACCAUUUAGGGUAAAGUGUUCAGGAUAUAAGAGUACAACUGGAGGAGGCUGAACCUUUGUGUCCCUCAAACUGCACUUUAUAUUAUAAAAAACAACAUUUGUGCCAUAUGACAGAAAAGUUCUAGUUUUUGGUCCCUACCAUUUAAUCUAGCUACAUCUACUGGUACAUGUCAGUCAUGCAGAGUGAACUCACCAUCAUCAGCACCUCGCUGUGAUGCUCUCACUCUGAUCAUGACGCAUUGAAUGUGUGGUGUCUCACUUCAACUGUCCAUCGAAAACAAGCGUGGGCUCAGCUAAACACACUGAUCAGAGCUGACACUGAGUGGGAGUGUGGUGGGAAAGCCAGCCUGGAAGGUGGAGUCAUAACCAACUCAGGAGGAGGUCUGGUGAAGUUACUCAAAACAUUUAGUUAUUAUCAUUGGGAUAGUUUGAAGCGGGGUUGUAUGAGGUCCUACAAAGUCAGUGUAUACCUAAUGUAUAUGAUGAUCAACACACCCCAAGUUUGGAGGAACAGAUCGGAGAACCAGCACAGAAGCUAAUCCUGGGGCUGCAGUUCAAAGGUGCCGGCAGCAAAAUUAAUUUAA